GCGGCGCCUGCUGCCGAUGGGGCUGCUUCGGAUUAUGCUGCCGCCUAAAUUGCAGCUCUUGGCGGUGCUGGCUUUCGGGGUGUCCGUCCUUUUCCUCGAGAACCAGAUCCAGAAGCUGGAGGAAUCCCGUGGGAAGCUGGAAAGGGCUAUAGCAAAACACGAAGUCCGAGAAAUUGAACAGCGUCACACAGUAGAUGGGUCUAGAUCAGAUGUCAUCCUGGAUGAAGAUGAAAAUGUGGUGAUCAUUUAUAACCGAGUACCUAAAACUGCAAGCACAUCCUUUACAAACAUUGCCUAUGACCUUUGUGCACGGAACAAGUAUCAUGUUCUUCAUAUCAACACAACCAAAAAUAAUCCUGUUAUGUCUCUGCAAGAUCAGGUACGAUUUGUGAAGAAUGUAACUUCCUGGAAGGAUAUGAAACCUGGGUUUUAUCACGGACAUAUAUCCUUCUUAGAUUUUGCAAAAUUUGGCGUUAAAAAGACACCUAUAUACAUCAAUGUCAUUAGAGAUCCUAUAGAACGGCUGGUUUCUUAUUAUUACUUCCUGCGUUUUGGUGAUGAUUACAGGCCUGGACUCCGAAGACGAAAACAAGGCGAUAAAAAAGUAAAAACAUUUGAUGAAUGUGUAGCAGCUGGAGGUUCAGAUUGUGCCCCUGAGAAACUCUGGCUUCAAAUCCCAUUCUUCUGUGGCCACAGCUCUGAAUGCUGGAAUGUGGGAAGCAGAUGGGCUUUGGAACAAGCCAAAUACAACUUGAUUAAUGAAUAUUUCCUAGUGGGAGUUACUGAAGAGCUUGAAGACUUCAUUAUGUUGCUGGAGGCAGCUUUGCCCCGCUUCUUCAGAGGUGCUUCAGAACUCUAUCGCACAGGCAAGAAGUCUCACCUUAGAAAGACAACGGAGAAAAAACUCCCCACAAAAGAAACCAUUGCAAAAUUGCAGCAGUCUGAAAUAUGGAAAAUGGAGAAUGAGUUCUAUGAAUUUGCACUGGAGCAAUUUCAGUUUGUCAGAGCACAUGCAGUACGGGAAAAAGAUGGAGAAUUAUAUAUUCUGGCACAAAACUUUUUCUAUGAAAAGAUCUAUCCUAAAUCGAACUAAGAAAAAUGCAUCUUUUCAGUUUAAGGGACCUUGUGGCCACAUCCUUAGCCUCAGCCCUAGAUUGGUGAUAAACCAGUUGAGGCACGUCAGUCUUGAGUUUAAUAGAAUGUACUGCAAGUUGCUCUAAGAAGAUGGCUACUGUCUAGAUAUGUUGGUAAUCCAAAAGUAUAAGCUUCAGUUUGUUUUAAUAUUCACAAAAGAAGUUACUGUUCUACACCUGAAGAAGCCUACACAUAAUUACAGAACCUUGCCACAUACCAAUUAUAGCUUAAACUGUAAAGAUGAGAAGCCUCCCCUCAUAAUCUUUUUGAUUCACAAGACAGCUUAUUUACAUAUCUUUCUAGGAAGAGAAAAUUGUUGGUUCUCUAGCCUCAAAGUGGAGAUUUGAGUUGUUGAAUAAUGUUAUUAACUGGCUGACAUUUGUGCUGUUUUGUGAGUUCAUAUUACAUGACAUUCAUUGGAAUGUUCAAUCAUCUUCUGCUAAGAAAUACUGCAGGUGGACUUCCCCAUAUUUGUAAAUGUGGGUUUUCAUUUUCAGAAUCUAGAACUGAGCAUCUGUGUUUAAAAAUUCAAAUCCCAUAGUGAUGAUAGUAAAAAGGUCAGAAAUUGAGGCAGUGUUUCUUUAAUAUCUUCUGAACUUCCAAUGGAUGUUGGGAAAACUCUACGAAGAAGCUGGGUUUUGCCUGCAUUCAAUAUGAAAGAAAUCAUGAAUUCUGUAUCAUUGAUAGUUGAUUCUUUGUAUUUUAAAGAACCACUGAUGAAUCCAUAUUAUGACUCAACCAGUGAGCUGUGGUAUGGGUUAGGGGUUUCCUACUUCGAUACUUUUACCUGUAGAAUAUUUUUACUAAGGUGCUUUAUAAUGUGUUUUAAAGCAUUGCAUUUGCAAAAGGAGUAAAAUGCUGUAAAUAAUGCACAUUUUAUGUAUUUGGACCAAAAGGUAACUAGUUUAAAGUGUUUUUGCACCAGUUUUGUUGUAUGUGAAGUAAAAUCAUCCCAUCUGCUGUCAAAAAUACCUUUUUGAGUUAACUUUUGGACAUGGCUGAAAUGCCCUUCAGUGACCUCAACAACUUUAAAUGCACAGUGUGUCUGUCCAGGAGCGUCCUUUUCAGAAAACUACUUAAUCUGCAUCCUUUUAUCAUGCUUUAAAGGAAAAGGAAAACGGAAGCCUAUGGCCUGCCCAAGAAAGAUACAAAGAAAUUGACGUCAGUGUGUUCAUGGAACUGCCUCAUGUUACUUCAGCAAACUUGCAUUUGCCAUGAUUAGCACCAUACCAUAAUUCUCUAUAUAAGGUUCUUUAGCAGUCAAUUAAAUAAUGAGGUACUACAUUUUCUAAAGCAAAAUUCUAGAAACCUUGCAGUUCUGAACAUUCCCUAUAUUCAGAAAUCUCCGUUUUAAAAGAAAAGAAAUAUAAUUGAAGGUUUUAAAAAGUUCAGUUUCAACUUUACAUUCUUCAGGGUAUUAGAAGUGCAGUGUAGAUGUGUCAAUAAGGAAACUUUACCAGAAUUGUUCAUCUGCUGUACAAAGAGGUUUUCUGUCUAUAAAUUGAAUGUUUUGAUGCCAAAAACAUAUUAUAAAAGUAUAAUGAGACUGUUAAGUAAAGCUUUUAAUUUGCUGUCUUUAUUUUGACUUCCUCUGAAAAUUUUUAAAGCUGCAUUUUGUUUCUAAGCAGCUUUUUUCAGUUAGCAGCCACUGCUUCUAUUAUUUCUUUUUUCCCUAUAUUACCAAUAUAUAGUGCUAGAGUGUUUUGUAGUCACAUUGGUACAAAUGAACGAGGCACAGGAAAAUGAAAUAAACAUUUAUUGGACUAACCAGUUAUUUAAUGUUUAGCAAACUUGUGAACCAUUGUGUUCAUCCUCAGGUGUUGAUGCUCAGAGCACAACUAAAAUUUUGAUUGAAUUGAUGAUAUGGCUACAUAGUGAGCCUAUUCUUAUAUGUUGAGAUCAUUCAGGUUGUGCCUCAAAAAAGAGAGGCAUUAUAACAUGGAAUGUGCUAGUGCCAUCAUAUCAACUCAUGUACGGUUGUACAAAUGCUUUCUAAAACAGUUGUCAGGAUCCUCUUGAGUUAGAGCCAUGGCGCAGACUUCAUGAAGAAGGUUGGAUACCAUUUCUGGCAAAUCUCAACUGUGUUGACUUGUUCUCAAAGUGGGGUUUGUGUAUUAAUAAGUUAGAUACUUUCCCUAUAGAAAUAGCUUUACCAGUUCUCCCCCGCCCCCGCCCCCCAAAAUAUUCAGGCUGCAGUCAUGUACACUGUUAGCAGAAAUUAAGCCCUACUGAACACAGAGGGACUUAUGCCUCUGUAAAUGUCCAGAACACUGCAGUGUCAGUGCAGUAAGCAGAGUACAUGGUAAGUGGAUAACAUGUAGAAAGACACAUUUCAUGCUUAUCUUAAGUAUGUACUAUAACAGCUGUAUAUUUUAGCCUUGUUUUUGUGAAGUCAUGAAUUGGGUGAUGCUAAACUUCAUGAGACAAAAUCACCAGGUGCUAUCCUUGUUGGGAAGAUAAUGUUCCUUCUGGUGUUUCGACUCUUAUUGGUUGUAGAACUGUGGGAGGAGGUAGCUGAGCUACUAAAAACACAGAAAGAAAUUAAAACAGCACAUCUUGUGGCACCUUAGAAACUAGCCAAUUUAUGGUGGUGAAAAUUUUCAUGGAUCACAGGCAAGGUUCCCUCUAAACUGGGUGUGCAUGCACACACACACACACCUCUGCCUCCCUCUGUGAAGCUGUAUUCCACCUCUGCACAGCGAUCACAGGUUCUGGUCGUGACAGAACCCAGCAUGCAGGGGGGCGGAGCUAUGCGCGGGCAGGAGCAAAGUCAAGAGAGGCAGAGCCUGCCCAGAGGAGCUGAAAGUUAGAGGGUACGUUGAUCAUAGGCCAUUCCAUCCAUGACACAUAGAUUAAUGCUUUAGCUAGAAAUUAAGCAGAAUUUAGAAGUGUUUAUAACUGUAUUCAUAAUGAAAAGAGGGUAAUCUUUUGAGGGAGACCAUACCAUUACUUCAUUUAGUUGUUAAAUAUACUUUAUUCUCUGAAGGUUUUUUUCAUUAAUCAUGUGUAAACUGUUUCCAAAGAGAGCACUAAAUAAAGGUGUUAAUGUUUAGUAAAGUGAAAUAUAGGCAUUUAAACACAUUUGGAAGUUUUCAAAAGUAAUUGGAAAUGUGACUUGUAUAAUCUGCUGAUCUUAACUGGAUUUCAAGAUUUAAGAAUGAAUGUUGUAACCAAAGCUAUGUUGUGUUCUAUUUAUACAAGAUUCUGCUUCACACACGUGAAAAUUGGCCAUAUUUAGGAGUCACAACAAGCUUUAAGAGAGCUCUGGCUUGUUAUGGAUGAUCCAGAAUGCUACUCGUAGUACAUGCUGGUUAAUCAUUCUGACCAGUAGUGGGAGGACCUAAACAGGCUGUCUUUCUUUGCCCCUUAAUUUAAUCAAAAUGUACAAACUUGGCAGGGAAUUAGCUCUCUAGUUUUGUCUCUUGCAGCAAGGCACAGAAUUAAUCCAGGAUUUGCUUUGUGGUUAACCCAGCAGAUUGUCAGGUGGGAAAGAAAACCAGCUCUCUCCUGGUUUUGCCUAUCUUUGGAGACUGCCAGUCUGUAGCUUGUUAAUUGUUCAUAUUAUAAAUGGGAGCAAUCAGACAGCAUCCAGCAGUAGACCACUCAUUUUUUAUAAACUAGAAAUCACACAGAACUCUGGCUUAUUGUGAUAUCCAAACUCAGUUUUGCUUGAAUCUCAGUAAGUAGAGGGAAACGGGCCAAACCUCAGGUUUAGGAUUCAUGACUAAAGUCCUUUGGUUUUUGUUACAAUGGUUUGCAUACAUGUUGGUUCCCCAGUUUUCCAGAAUAUUCCAGUUAUAGCUGAGCCAAAUCUUUCAGCCAAAUUUUCAGGCCACCUUAAGUGGCUAGAGAAAGAAACUGUCUGUAAAAGUGGGUAGGAAAUAUUUUGUGAAAUUUUCAUGGGAAUAGCCUUGGCUUGAUGUUUAUUAAAUUUGCCAGUGUGGCUGAAGAAUUUUUCUUGCUUUGUAAACUUAAAAGCUUGUAAACUUAUUUGCAGGAAUGUGAAGUUUCUCUAGAGCCUUCUAGCCUAGCAAUAGUUCUUGGAAUGCCAGGGGACUAUAUUAUGUUAUAAUGCAAGAUAAUUUAAUGGAUAUUCAAGGAAGUGCUGCCAGGAGGGCUGGUACCACUACGAAACAGGAAAAACUCCUUGUCUACCUCACAAUAUCUGGUAUGAUAAGCGUGUGCUUCCAAGUCUCUCUCUGACACACGAAACUCAUGCAUACACUUCAAAGUUUUUCACUAGUGAAAGAAGAAGAAUGUCUUUAAAAAUUGAGGGAUGGGUUUAUAUUUAAUUUAAUUUUUGCUUACUUUUAUUCUACAUAGUGCAAAGGUUUGUCUUCUCAAAGAGCAAAAAAAAAAACAAAACAAAAAAAACCAGAUACAGUACUUAAUUUUUUUCCCAUUACCUGAUGAAGUUGGCUGAAAUGCAGACUGAGUGUGAGCAGCUGCUGUGCUUGUGCACAUGGUUGAUCUGGACAUAACAGUAAUCUAUGAUAUGAUCAAACCAUGAUGUCUUGUGUGCCCCCCUCCCAUUUCCUCACUAUCAAAAAUGCUAUCUAAAACUGGCUUGUCUCACUUCUGAAAUAAUAAGCCAUAGUUAGUUGGGAUUUACCUUCCAAUAAAACAAUAGUAUACACUGGAUUAUUAUAAGUGAUUUUUUUUCUAAUAGAUCUCAGCAACAUGGCAAAUAUAUUUCAACAUCUUGUUAUUUGUAAACUUGAAUUAACCUUAAAUUGAACACCAAAUAAUAUCUAUUCCUUAAAAAGUGAAGCCUGGAGCCCUGGCAAUAAUAGGUUUAUAGAAUUAACUUCAUUAAAAUACUUUUAAUAAUAUGUGCAUUAAAAAGUAACAUUGUAACAGUAUUAAGAACUAAAAUAAGUAUUAUGUGGCCCUAAGCCUAAUUCAGAGCUUUAGCAGGACCAAUCUGACCCUUAGUUUGCUGUGUAGGAGAAAAGUGUGAAGAGAGGUGGUAAUGAAAAGGGGGUGUUGAAAGAGCAAAGGUGUAGAAUGAGGGAGAGAGAUUAAGAACCUGGAAAUUUUGCUCCAAACAAGUGCAGAAAGGUGUUUGUCUGCCCUGGUGAAAAGAAUUCCUGUAAAUAUUACUAUUUAUAUGAGUGCUCUUAUUACUACCUGCAGCAACAACACUGUUCAUUUAAAUGGGCAAAGCUGACUGUUGUGCAGAUGAAUUGUCUUCAUUGAAAUGAAUAGGCAGUUUAUAUCUCCAAAUGCAUUGUGGAAACUUUACAGUUGGGACAGAAGUAAGAUUUUGCACUGCUAACAUGGUCUACCUGUGUAUUAGUCUGUCCUACAAGGUAAACUGAUAGACAUAGUCAAGAUCAUCCAGUUUUGCAUCUGCUCAAAACAUGAUCUUACGUCAUCUUUCAAAGGAGAUAUUUUUAGAAUAAUCAGACUUCACGGAUUUCCCUGACUUUAAAUCUUGGAUUCCAAAAGUCACAUAAGGCAAUUCCUUUAUAAACAAAAAAUAAGCAAAUUUAAAAACUGAAUAGAAUUUGUUUGAGAUUCUGAUUAUUUGUACCUUUUAAGAAACAAUGUGGAGAGCUUUGACCACAUAAUGAUUAUGCUGUGAGCUAAGUCAAGCUUUAUAUGUACAUGUCAGAAUUUAUCUUAUGGUACUUCAGUGUGCAAUGUGUUCAUCUGUGGAUGAGUUGUGUAACACUUGUAUAUUACUGCCGCCUUGAAUUUUUCUUUUUUCUUUUUUCUUUUUGAAAUGGGACUUAAAAUGUACAAUUACUUCUGAAAUGUAACAAAAGGAAAGUGGUCUCUUUAGGAACCUGGAUUGGCUUUUAGUUAUUUUGCAUUUCUCUAUACGAGCAACUGCCACUUUGUUUCCAUCCUAAACAUUUGCCUCCAUGGACACAAGAAGAAGGACCUUCAGUGGGAUUUGCUUCCAAGUAAACAUAGAGAUGCAGUAACCCUGUAUAAUCAUGCAGCCCAGAUAGGAGGUCAAGCUGUAGUUUCUUUUUUAAAAAAAACAUUACAAGGUACUGCAACUGUUCUGUAUGAACAAAGAGGUCUGUAUGAUGGCUAAGGUACUCUGCCAAAAGAGCAUGCUGAAAAGCUUUCAUCACAUGUGCUGCCAAUCUCACUUUUAAAAGUCUAGUGUUUGGUGACUACUAGAGAUCAAACUAGAAAGAGUGUAAUCAAUGAUCAGUUGCCAGGAUAUCUCCUAUUUUAAGCCCAUGCAGCUAUGUGACCUUCUGAAGCACUUAUUUAUAAGUUGAAGCCCUUAUGAAGAUUUCUAUAGCAGGUUUGCUUUAGCAAAUGUGUUUAGAUACUUGUAUUUCUCUCAUCUUGAAAUCUUUGAUAACAAAGGUGUAGCUUCUCUUUUGGAACAUUUUAGAAGCGGUAUUGAAUGUAAUUUUAAGAACAUGGAUUGUGCCUCAUUAUUUUUUUUAAUAUAAGCAGCUAAAUAGUGCCUUCCCCCCCCCUCACAAUCCAUGUCAGAGAAGCCACUUGCUCCUCUCUGUUUUUCUUUCUCUGCAUAUAACUAAGUCAGUUGUGCAAUACUGUCCAAAUUUUAAUCCAUUUUGUCACAUCUGUUCAAGAUAAUUGCUUCACUUUUUUUCUUCUUUUGCUGAGAGCUUUCUGUUGUUGAAGUGUUUCAGUUGAUUACCUGAUGCAAAUGAUACACAAAAUAAAAUACCCAAUGGGAAUGGGA